GGGCGGCGCUCGGCGUGCGGGUCGCGGCUGAGCUGGGCGCCGGCGCCGGCUGGCGGGGCUCGCCCGGGACUACCUCAGGCUCGCCGAGCUCGCCGCCGGCCCGGUCCGAGGGCCCGCCUGACCGCACCGGCCCGCGCCCGCUCCUGUCCGACCGGCUGUGGGGCUGCGGGGGCCGCGUCCCGGAGGCAGCGGCCGCCAGCGCGGGGCACUCAGCGGCCACCCCCGGGGACCGGGGCUGCGCGGCCGGCGCCCGCCCCGUGCCGCCGCCGCCGGGCCGACCGCCCGGCUUGGCUCUGCCGCGCCCCGGCAGCGGUGCCUGGCCCGGGUUGCGCGCCGCUGGGGGCGGGCGGGGUCGGGGGUUGUGGGGCUGCCGCUGCUCGCCUGCCGCGCGUCGGCGUCCCGGGCCCGGCGGCCGGCGAGCAUGGAGGAGAAGUACCUGCCGGAGCUGAUGGCGGAGAAGGACUCCCUGGACCCCUCCUUCACGCACGCUCUGCGGCUGGUGAACCAAGAAAUAGAGAAGUUUCAAAAAGGAGAAGGCAAGGAUGAAGAAAAGUACAUCGAUGUGGUGAUUAAUAAGAACAUGAAGCUGGGACAGAAGGUGUUAAUCCCUGUAAAGCAGUUCCCUAAGUUCAACUUUGUGGGGAAACUUUUGGGUCCCCGUGGCAAUUCUCUGAAGCGUUUACAAGAAGAAACCUUGACAAAAAUGUCCAUCCUUGGGAAAGGUUCCAUGCGAGACAAGGCAAAGGAAGAAGAGUUGAGGAAAAGUGGAGAAGCAAAGUACUUUCACCUCAAUGAUGACCUCCAUGUUCUCAUUGAAGUCUUCGCUCCACCAGCAGAAGCAUAUGCCCGGAUGGGACAUGCACUGGAAGAAAUCAAAAAGUUCCUCAUUCCUGACUAUAAUGACGAAAUCAGGCAAGCACAGCUCCAAGAACUAACAUAUUUGAACGGUGGUUCAGAAAAUGCGGAUGUACCAGUUGUUCGAGGGAAACCCACCUUGCGUACAAGAGGUGUACCAACCCCAGCAAUAACCAGGGGAAGGGGAGGAGUCACAGCCAGGCCAGUUGGAGUUGGUGUACCACGAGGGACUCCAGCUUCCAGGGGAGUCCUUUCCACCCGAGGACCAGUGAGUCGGGGAAGAGGACUUCUCACUCCCAGAGCAAGAGGAGUUCCCCCAACUGGGUACAGACCUCCGCCACCACCCCCAACACAAGAGACCUAUGGAGAUUAUGACUAUGAUGAUGGAUAUGGCACUGCUUAUGAUGAACAGAGUUAUGAUUCCUAUGAUAACAGCUAUAGCACCCCUGCCCAAAGUGGUGCUGAUUACUAUGAUUAUGGACAUGGACUCAGUGAAGAGACAUACGAUUCCUACGGGCAAGAGGACUGGACUAACUCGAGACACAAGGCACCUGCAGCGAGGACCGCGAAGGGCGUCUACAGAGACCAGCCCUACGGCAGAUACUGAUUGUACUGUCUGGUGUUGUGAAAUAGCCAGUCUCCACCAGUCCUGUGUACUGUUCAAAGUAAUGUUUUUCUAUGAACAAUCCCUUUUUAAAUAAAUCAAAAUGCUUAAAAUCUGAAUGGAUGGAACUUUAAAACUACUUUGUGGAAACAUCAACCUGGGCAGAAAAAAAAAAAAAAAGACAUGUAAAAUUUUGUUAUUUCCAGUCUGUAUAUGAAAAAAUAGGUCAUCAAAAGGAAAAAAAAUAACUUUGAUUAACUAGUGUUAAACAAAAAACUAGGUUUACUAAAUAUGUUAAUCCAUCCUUUUAACAUAAGCCUCACCUUUCAUUUUAAAGGUUUCCAUAGCAAUUUAGUUAUUUUAUCUUUCAGCCAUAUGCUAGUUUUUUUUCUCUUGCCAACAUGCGUAAAAAGGGAAGCCAAUUACAAGUGCAAAUAAUGUGGUAUUCUUUUGUAACUCAAGUCUUGAAAUGUUCUGUAGUGUUGAGCAAAGUCUCCUCUUGCUUGAUACUAAAUAAACUUUUGAAAGAAAUUCCGUGUGUGUGAGCUAACAAUUUCAUGUUUCUCUUAUUUAAAAAGGCCUUCAUAAAUAGUUGUAAACAGGGAAAGAGUUCAUUUAACAACGCUUGUCAUAAAAGGGUCACACUAAACGUUGUACAACUGACUUAAAAAAUGGUAUAAAAUUAAAUGUACCAUUCUAUACUCACCGUAGAUUUAAAUGCUGUUUAAAGAGUCCACAUGGUGUUAAGCUGCGCUGAGUAGCACGUUAAAACGACGCAAAACCAAAUCUUGUUUAAAAACUGGUUUUAAAAUAACUACUGAUUUUCUGAAAAAGAUGUGAUCAGUUUUCAUCUUGUUGAGCGUUUUUUCACUAGUGCAACUUUGGAUUUUUUAUGAGAAUUUUGGUACCUUAAUGAACACCUCGCUCCAUGCUGGAAGCAAUAAGCACAAAGCUUUUAAAGACAUUCUGACUUGACUAAUUGAGGUCGCACUCGCCAAGGCUGAGGAUGUGUAACCCUUAAACGGUCUUCAUUGUCAAAGGAAAUGUCAGCCAUCUUGGGAAGUUGGAGGAACUGGUUGUGCCCGAGGAGCAAACAAAGGGGCUUUCCUUCGAAUUAUGGACUGCUUAUGAAUCGUUAACUCACCAACGUGCCUAGUCAGUAAAUGAAUUCACUUGGGAGCUUGAAAAUCAUCUGAGUUUUUUUCACAGUUUUAUGUCCUGUGAAAUGUUUUAUAAAAUGGUACGCUUUUUAAUUUGGAAAGCCUGUUUAAAAAAAGGAAAGAAAAUCUUAUUUUGUGGUCUCCUAACAACAACAAACAAAUGAUUUGUGUGAUACUUAAUAAAGGCUGCCCAUUUC